AUUUGGUCCAUUUUAGCAAAGCCAGUCCCAUUUUUUAAUUCCGCUUUGCAGGUCUUUGGUCUCUUUUUAAUUUUUGAAAAAAAAUAAAAUAAAAGUGCGCUGCUUGUUUUCUAGGGUUUCCAACUGAAGUGAAGUCUAUGAUGAUUAUUUGUCUGCAAUUCCUUUAGUUCUUCGUUUUUUCUAGUUCUGUUAAACCUUGCUCGAAUCGAGUUCUUCACCGUUUAACGGGAUUUGAAUUUUGUGGCGUAAUUUGAUUGUCAAGUUGGCUAAGAUCUUUCAAGUACAGUAGUGAGGAGUAUUUAUAAUCUGGGUCUGGCUCAAAAUCCUAAAUUUAGGUGUUCUCUUUCUUAACUUACUUGUAAUGGACGACGGGGAGCUUGAUUUUUCUAACCAAGAAGUGUUUUCGGGUAAUAACAUUGGUGAAAUUCCAAGCAGUUGCUCAAUGGACGGCUUUUUUGAUGAAUUACAAUUACUCAACGACACACUUGCUUGCAGUCAUACACAUACUUGCAACCCACCUGGCCCUGAUUACUCGCAUACACACACUUGUUUCCACGUGCAUACCAAAAUUGUUCCUGCCCAAAAUGAAGAUAAGGCUGCUACUGAUGACACUGCAGAGUCAACAGAGCAGAAAUCAAAGAAACGCCCCUUAGGUAACCGAGAAGCUGUUAGAAAGUAUAGGGAGAAGGUUAAGGCUCGGGCUGCCUCAUUGGAGGAUGAGGUUGUGAAAUUGAGGGCCAUAAACCAGCAGUUGUUGAAGAGAUUGCAGGGUCAGGCAGCUCUGGAGGCUGAGAUUGCAAGGCUCAAGUGUUUGCUUGUAGACAUCCGAGGAAGAAUUGAAGGGGAAAUUGGAUCAUUUCCUUAUCAGAAACCCACCAAUGUUAACAUGCCUUCUAUGAGUUUGCCUAGUGCACAUAUGAUGAAUCCUUGCAAUAUGCAAUGCAAUGAUCAGGUUUAUUGUCUUCACCUUGGACCAGAGGGAAAAACAGGAGAAGCUGCAUCACUGAAUGGGCAAGGCGUUGGUGGCUGUGACUUUGACAAUCUUCAGUGUUUGGCUAAUCAGAACACAGGAGCGAAGGAGCUUUCUCCAUGUGGAGUUGGAAAUGCAAAGUCCAAUGGUAAUGCUUCUGGCAGCAAAAGGAAGAGAGGAGCUGGUGCAGCAACAGCAAGUUGAAGAACAUUUCAAAGAGUUAUCCUUAAUCUGCAGGAGUACAUACUUUCUUCCAAUAACAGGUUUUCUGAAGCUGCUGUGCACUCCUUUAGGUCACUAUUAUUUAUUUAUUUAUUUAUUUUCCCUUCUUUUCCAUAUUUCCUUUCUCAGCCCAUCUUGUGCGUUCAAGAGUUUAAGAAUUACUUUUGUAACCCAACUCUUGUUGGAUUUUCUGCUAUUAGUUAGUGGUUUAGCUAGUUAUGCUCUUAAUUACAAGAAAACUUGUAUAGCAGGAACUUUUGAGUUUGAUGCUCGUAGCUUUAGCAGAAACCGUAUUCUGGUAAAGAUACAAUCAGCUUGAUAAUGGUAAUAUUCCUUAGUCAUUAAUCGUUAUCUAUAUAAUGGGACAUUAUUUCAGUG